UGUAGUUCUUUCUAAACGUCGCAACAGUAAGGUGAACCUUAAGCGGAACUGCAUUGCCCAUAGUGCACAGCUCCAGCACAUUCAGUACAUUCUGCUGCUUAUCCGGGGAUGUCGCACCGCUGCUAUUUUCUCCCUACAGUCCCUCUCACUAUCAGCCCACAGCUCCAGCGGACUGACACGGGUCUCUGGCUGGAAACAGACCGAGAAUAGGACGCCAACCGGAGGCCACGAAAAAAAAAAACAUGGCCGAACUCGGCGCGGGGAGCCUGCCGUUGGGAGAACCAGCUUUUAGCUACCAGCAGGAACAGGAGCUGAACGAGCGGCUGAAGCGGCUCUACCCGGCUGUGAACGAGGAAGAGACCCCGUUACCCCGAUCUUGGAGCCCCAAGGAUAAAUACAGUUACAUCGGGCUGUCACAGAACAAUCUGCGGGUCCACUACAAAGGCCAUGGAAAGAACCACAAGGAUGCAGCAUCAGUGCGAGCCACACACCCAAUCCCCGCCGCCUGUGGGAUCUACUACUUUGAAGUCAAGAUUGUCAGUAAAGGUCGAGACGGGUACAUGGGCAUCGGCCUGUCUGCACAGGGAGUCAACAUGAACAGACUGCCUGGAUGGGACAAGCACUCGUAUGGUUACCAUGGAGAUGACGGCCACUCAUUUUGCUCCUCUGGGACGGGCCAACCAUACGGGCCGACGUUUACCACGGGCGAUGUGAUUGGCUGCUGUGUCAACCUCAUCAACAACACCUGCUUUUACACCAAAAAUGGCAUCAGUUUAGGUGUUGCCUUCACGGACCUUCCUCCCAACCUGUAUCCCACUGUGGGGCUUCAGACACCCGGAGAGAUUGUAGACGCCAACUUCGGCCAGCAGCCGUUUGUCUUUGACAUUGAGGACUACAUGAGUGAAUGGCGGGCGAAAAUCCACGGGAUGAUUGCCAGCUUCCCGAUUGGCGAGCGGCUUGGGGAGUGGCAAGCCGUCCUACAGAAUAUGGUGUCCAGCUACUUGGUGCAUCAUGGAUACUGUGCAACUGCAACAGCCUUUGCCAGAGCCACAGAGACCAUGAUACAAGAGGACCAGACGUCUAUAAAGAACAGACAAAGAAUACAGAAGCUGGUGCUGGCAGGGCGGGUCGGUGAAGCCAUCGAUGCCACUCAGCAGCUCUAUCCGGGUCUGUUAGAACGGAACCCCAACCUGCUCUUCAUGUUGAAAUGUCGCCAGUUUGUGGAGAUGGUGAACGGCACAGACAGCGAGGUUCGCUGCCUGACGGUUCGUUCGCCCAAGUCCCAGGACAGUUACCCCGGCUCCCCCAGCCUUAGCCCACGGCACACAGCCAGCAGCAUGCACAUCCACAGUGGGGGAGCAGAUAGCCCCACCUGCAGUAACGGCAUCGCCCCACCCAACAAGGCAAAGAUUCACGGCAGCAGCAGCAUCAAAUACCCUAGCGCAUCCUCCUCCACCUCCUCCUCCACCUCCUCAUCCCCUUCCUCCAUAAACUACUCUGAGUCAAACUCCUCUGACUCCACCAAGAGUCAUCCACACAGCGCAAACAGCACCCAGGAAACCAGCGACAGUGAGAUGGAGAUCGAGGCGGAGCAUUAUACCAACGGUGUGGUCGAAAGCUCGUCAGCACGGAUCAUGAACGGCACAUACAGACACGAAGAGAUCCUUCAGCCCGAUGAUAACAGCAUCUGCAAUGGGGUCACAGGAGCACAGAAACACUCUGACGAGGGCCGCAGUAACAGCAAACAGCUCUGUGGUGGGAACCAGGCGGCCACAGAGAGGAUGAUCCAGUUCGGACGGGAGCUGCAGGCACUCAGCGAACAGCUGUGCCGCGACUACGGCACCAACACCACGCACAAGAAGAUGUUACAGGAUGCAUUCAGCCUGCUGGCCUACUCAGAUCCCUGGAACUGCCCAGUGGGCCAGCAGUUGGACCCCACGCAGAGAGAAUCGCUCUGCUCCACUCUCAACAGCGCCAUUCUAGAGUCCCAGAACCUUCCCAAACAGCCUCCGUUGAUGCUGGCGCUCGGUCAGGCCACAGAGUGUGUUCAGCUCAUGGCCCGGGUCCGGUCCGGUUCCUGCUCCUUCGCCAGAAUAGACAACUUUUUGCACUAGCCCUCGUUCAGGUAAAUGUUGAGCAGCACUGAGAUGUCCAGCUGGUUGUUGUCAUGGCGAUGAAGAGGCAAGCAUGCGUCUGAUUGGAGCAGAGAAGAGAAGGGAAGAAGGCUUCCUAUUUAAUUUAGUAUUAUCAGAUUUAAUAAAUGUGUGACACUAUUUAAAGAUUAUUAUUAUUAUUAUUCAGUUUAUUUAGCUUUUUUUUUUAGCAUUUGUUUUGUCAGUUUGUUGUGCUCAUCCUGGACAAACUAAUCAUAUUUCCCUUUUUUUUUUAUUCUGUCUUUUGUUGUAAUGGUUGGACUUUGAUUCGUGUAGCGGGCUUGUAGUUUUUGUUCACCAUAUCACUCGGAACCAUACCCAUAUGAUCCUGGAUGCCACUGAACCCAAACCUGGGGCGCUUUAAAUUACAUGUAGCGGUGCUCCGAGGUUUUCAAACAUUCAGUAUCUGCUUGGAUGUCAUAGGCUGUCUCAGGGAGGAAGGAUUUUACUGCAAACAACUGCGAUAAUGUUUAGAAACAAGAAUUAAGGAAAAGUUAGAAUGUUUAAAUUCAAUGUUAUACACACAGGCUCAAAUGAAUGUAUAAAUCAACUCUAAUAUAUAAUUAAAGGCAUUUUAGCGAGUUGCGCCAUGAUCACAUGCUUUUGCAGCCAUCAUGGUACUUCUGCCAUCAUUCUGGAUGAAUUUUGACACCGCUUCUUGGUAAAAUUGGCAGAGGUUAUUAAAAAUAGGUUGCUUUCCUGGCACUGGCCUUCUUUUAAGCAUAACCCACACAUUUGCAACGGGGUGUAAGCUUUGGGAAGGCCACUUUCAAAGCUUAUUGUCAGCCAGCUUUAUCUAAACCCAGUCUGCAUGUGUUUCUGGGAUCAUUGCCCUGUUGGAAUUGUGUCCAAGUUUAAACCGUUUAUCUGUUGGUUGAGGUAGCGGUAAGGAAUGUGGAUGUAGAAAACCAGCCCCACAGCAUGAUGCUGCCUCCACCUUGCAUGACCGUUGGUAAAGUUUUCUUUGCUUAGCUCCUGCAAACAUACAUCCAUAUUUGUGGCCAAACAGCUCAAUAUUUGUCUCAUCUGAACUUAAACGUUUUCUCCAGAAUUGACAUUUUCUCAGUUCCUCAGUGGGUUCUCAGUUCUCAGUGGGUUUUUACUGUUAAAAAAAUCUUCUUUAGUGGAAAACGUGAAAAAUCUGUCCGACAGAUGACAUUUUAACAUCUAAAAGUGGAUUUCCAAAAGGUUAUUGUUAUAAACAAGAACACAUUCUUCUCUAGACUAGUUUAAAAGAUUCGGGGAAAAUCUGGCAACUUGGAAACAAAGGCUGCUUUCUAAAUCUUCACUGGUUCAGUACAUCCUACCUCACAUCAGUCUUUGUCUUAUAUGACCAUGAAACCUUUCUUCAGAAGGCAUUUCGCUUGUCGAUUAUGAAGCAGAAGUUAAAGCCUUGGCUUUAUUAAGAACCAUCAGCACCACCUAUUGUCCUGUUGAGAUGGAUGUAUGGAAAAGUUUGAUCCUUUGUGGAUCAAAUAAUUUCCAAAGUCUUGUUUUUAAAAAUCAUUGCAGUUGUUUUAUUUUAUUAUCAAUUCCCCCUGAAAAAAAGAAUAAUUUGAAUCAUUGAAAGCAAAACAAUUUAUGCAUGAUUGCAUUUAACCAUUGGAUGUUAGCUGCAUAAAAAGAUGGAGGAAAUAAAGUAUGGAAAAGCUUUUAUGGGGCAGGUUGAUCUCAGCAUGAACAACACCUGUUAUUGUGUGGCGCUCCUCAUUAGCUGCCGCCCACAUGGAUUGAAAUUAUCCCCAGAAGUUAGAGAUGAAAAAUGAAACCCUGGGUUUUGUUUCUGAUUGAAGGUAAUGCAAUAUUCCCAAGAAUGGAGCUGUGAGAGCUUGCAGGUUAUUUGCCAAAAACCAGGAUAUUUCCUGAAAAAUAACAUCAGCCAUGUUCAAAAAACAUAAUUGAAGGUCCUCUGCCAUGGGGAUCGCUAACCAGGAGCAGAGAGGUGUCGGAGCCUUCAUUUUACUGUAACAAGCUCCGCAACGGGCAAUCAGAUCUGGUUGCAGGUGGCGGAGCUGAUGCCUGGCUGCACCUACGACACCUGCCCUCAGAGCGGAGUCCUACUCUAUUAUCAGCAUAAAGAAAAUCAGUAUCAAAGGCAGGCUAACAAGCACAGUGUGUGCACGUCAAAAAGUCAAGUUUCAUUACGGCAGGCUUCUUUUUUCCCCUCCACACUCUGACCCACUAUGUGCACACGGAGUCACAGCUAGAAUUUCAAAUAAAGAGGUGAAAUCAUGUGACAAACAGGGAGGCCUGUAAUUCUAAGGUGCACUUUGUGAUGAUUAAACUGCAGCCUUUCUUUCACUUUGAUUUCCAAAUUGGGCUCAGAGGGCUGUAAAAGCCUUUGUUCCAGAGUUCUGCUCAGUUUCUCUGCAAUAAGGCGAAGGUUUCUUCCUUCUCCCUGUUAGGUGACAUUCAUCCACAAGUUAACACACUGUCCUUUUACUUCCUGUUUCAGAAUCAACAAAUCCUCCAGCAACCACCGCAGAUGACCUCUGGUUGUUAGCCAGCUUGAAUAAAUUAGAUACUUAGAACUGUUAAGAGCGUUCGUGAACCUAAAUCACCUCCAGUUGAUGCUUAUAGCGAUUAGGACUUCUUGAAGUAGGGUUGUGUUGAGUAGGUAUUAGUAGUCAGUACCUUACUUGCAGCCGACAGACGUCAUAGUGAUCAAAACUUGGAGAAAAAGUUUUUGAUGCAGUUGCAGGUCCUGGUUACAGUGGAGUUUAGCUUUAUUAAACAGUACCAUGUUAGCGGUAUCCUCUAGGUUUUAUUAAAACAUUGUUUACGAUGUCUCAGCCGGACAACGCUAGUACGUAUCUGAUCAGCUGAGACUCAUUUAACACCAAUACCACCAAGAGAGAGAGACACGCUGGUGUCUGAUGUAAGGUCCGGUCUGUAUCCCUAGAACCACCAAGAACCGCCAGAGGAAGCCAAUUUGACUUCCUUUCACUGGUGCCAAAACACUGAUAAAAUAAAUCAGGUGAAUUUAAUGGUAGAAGUUGUUAAAUGUGGCAUUCGAAGCCUGAGCUCUUGGUCUGCAGGUAUUGAUGCUAUAUUUGACAUCUGAAACCAAGAAUCUCACAUUAAUUGUAGUGGUUGACCAUCCAAUAAUAUUACAACUCCCAUCAGGAUGACAUUUUACUCCAUAAGAGGCAGAAGCCCAAUGUGUUGUAAGCUUCCCUUUGGUUCCUCUCAAUUUAAUUUGCUGCAGAAAGCAUCCAGACUACUUAUAAGAACAUUAAAGAUCCUCAUUGCAAAAGAUCCAAAAUAAACCUUUAAGUUAAGCUUCCUUCCAGUGGGAAACUAGAAGAAACAAUAGAUGCCCUUUCAGAAGCUCCCUCUGGGGUCUAAUUUCAUUUUGUUCUCAUAUUCAAUUUUUGGCGUCUCUGUCAGAGCCUCACAUCUGUUAUUGUGUUUUUAUUUUAAAACUGAACAUCCGAGUAAUGAAGCUGAGUAUUGAUUCUUGCUUUCUUUCCUAUCUCAAGCCCAUCCUGCUCUGUACUCACCUAUGUGUUAUUCCCUUCUCCCAAAUGGCUGCCAAACCUGGCGCUAUGUCUGGAAAAUGACCCGAUGAUCCAAUCUAAGGUUUACAUUUGUCAGUCCUUGGACUCUGCAGAGGUAAGAGAAGGUUUUAAAUCUUCCUCCAGGACCUUUUCCCAGCGCUCCUCUGCUGUGUGAGGAACUGCUCGGAUGCACAGAGCUCCGUGCCUGCAGCUGUAAAGCACCUCUGUCCCCCUGCCUGUCCUCAGUGUUUGACCCCUGACCCCUCUCCUCCCCUCCAUGCACAGGCAAACUGAUCAGACAAUGCAGACGAGCUGUGCACAAAUGACUUCUAUCUUCAUUUUAUUAUUUUUUUUGGAACAUUUGAGUUUUACGUAAAUAUAAAAAAUGUAAAAAAAAAAAACCAUUGUGAAAUGAGUUAUCUACUUAGCAUGACUUUUAAAACUUUAAAACAAUAAAAAAUGAAAAAUGAUAAUUGAAAAAAGUAUUGAAAACAUGUUUAAAAAUAAAUAUUGUAUUCUGUUUAAUUUUGACAGAAUUAUUUUUAUUAAAAUACAUCCAUAUGCAUAUGAAUUGUGUCCUGUUGUUAUUUGCUGUGUAUAUUUGCUAAAUAAAUCACAUUAUAUGAUUAAUUC